AGUGUCGGUCUGAUGAGUCUGUCCUGCGGUUGUCGCUUCUCUGUUUCUUCUUUUAAACUGACAUAAAGUUUCACAAGCAGCUCCCACACACGCGGCGUGGAUAGUUGCGCAGUAGACUUUGGAUCACGCAGCUCAGAACUUAUUAUUCAAACUGUUUCUGGCCACAACUGUGCGCUGGUAUCGCGUUUGUUUAUACCCGGAAAUGUCUUCCAAUAAUGCAAUAACAAAAGCCCAUGUGGUUUCCCAUUAGCGCGCUGCCCUGGUCACAUGCUCCACUUCUGCUGUUCUGGGGACCUGAUCGGGAGCUUUCAAUGUUUGGAGAGAAGAAGAAAACGUGAGAAUAUUCGUAAUGAUGUUAUAAAAUAGUUAUGAGAGGUAUGUAAGUUUGAAAGCUUAAAAAAAACCAGCCCACCACGCCCGGAGAGUGAGGUAAAACAGCUCCGCAGCGCACUGAUCCAAAGGACGCAGCGCUCUAAGUUGUUUUUUUCCUCCCGAUUUUGAGUCUUAAAACGUGCGGGAUUUGUGCGGGACUCGGGGAUAAUGACCCAGAGUUGUGCCUGGGUUUGCUGCCUCAAUCCAGAGGCCAAAGAAGCCCGGAGAAUCAACGGGGAGAUUGAGAGACAACUUCGGCGAGACAAGAAGAACGCACGCCGGGAGUUCAAACUGCUUCUGCUGGGAACUGGAGAAAGCGGAAAGAGCACUUUCAUUAAGCAGAUGAGAAUCAUCCACGGUCGAGGAUAUUCUGAAGAGGACAGGAGAGACUUCACCAGACUGGUCUAUCAGAACAUUUUCACUGCCAUCCAAACCAUCAUACAGGCCAUGAAUAUCCUCCGCAUUCCCUACAUGUUUGAAGAUAACAAGGCCCACGCGAAAGUAGUGAGUGAGGCGGACGUAGAAAAAGUACACAGAUUUUCAAAACUUCACUUAGACGCCAUAAAGAGCUUGUGGAGCGACCCCGGGGUCCAAGAAUGUUAUCAUCGAAGGAGAGAGUAUCAGCUUUCCGACUCUACAAAAUAUUAUCUGAACAACUUGGACCGAAUCGGGGACCCUGCGUAUGUCCCGACGCAGCAGGACGUGCUCAGGGUCAGAGUUCCCACGACUGGUAUUAUUGAAUAUGUCUUCGAUGUGGAGAAAGUGGUGUUCAGAAUGGUGGAUGUGGGUGGUCAGCGUUCAGAGCGUAAGAAGUGGAUCCACUGUUUUGAGUACGUCACGUCCAUCAUGUUCCUGGCGGCCCUCAGCGAGUACGAUCAGGUUCUCAUCGAGUCUGACAACGUGAAUCGAAUGGAAGAAAGUCUGGCGCUGUUCCAGACAAUCCUGCACAGUCCGUGGUUUAUUUCAGCUUCCGUGAUGUUGUUUCUGAACAAAGUCGACCUGCUGACGGAGAAAAUCAUGUAUUCGCAUUUAGCCGACUACUUCCCUAAAUACGACGGGCCGAAGCAAGACGCCAAGGAAGCGAGCGCGUUUAUUUUAGAUAUGUACGUGCAACCAGAUCAGAAAAGGAUCUACUCGCACUUCACCUGCGCCACCGACACAAACAAUAUCCGAUUUGUCUUCAGUGUAGUCAAAGAUCACAUUUUGCAGACCAACCUGAGCGUGUACAACUUAGUCUGAAGCUGUAACGACGCGAUUCGAUUAAGUUCGUGCAGCGGAGAGCUCUGAACUUGUUCCAUUUGCAUGUUAAAGCUGCUGAACACUAUUAUCCGAGGCAGGAAAUGAAUGUACUUUGUAUUUUUCAUAUUCCUUAUUCUUUGAUAUUCUCUGUAACAUAAAGAUGAGGAGCUAGCCGUACUUUAUGCACUAUGCCGUUAUGCAGUUUGUGUUUUUUUUUUUUCAGUAUUCUAAUAAGAGCAUGAAGACUAAAGAGUAAAAGGGAAAAAAACGUACAAGAACCAAGUAACUUUUACCGAGGUGGCACCGUUUAUCGCCAGUCAGGUGUUAAAAUGAUGUGAGUAUAAUUAUAAAAUGAUUCACCUCUGCCCUGUCAAUUACGCUAAACUAAAAUUAACUUUCUGAAUGUUUAGUUUGUUGGAUGCUCAUCACUACGCACUUUGCUUUGAGCUGCAGGUUUUGUUUUGUUUUUUUGCCGUGAUUAGAAACUUGUCUUCCCCUUUGCACUGUAUUCUUACCACUGUGUACCGUCUGUGCUUAAAUACGCCGUUUCGUGUCGUAAAAAGCGGGAUACUAAUGGAAAUAUUCACUGCGCGACAGGGUAACGGAAACACUAAUAACACCACCGCUCGUGCAGGUUUGUGUACAGCUGUCAGAUUCACGUUUAUUUACUAUUUUUCACGUUUUGUUCUCUGUCCUGUGUUGUACAUUUAUAAGUAACUUUAAAGUAGAGAGUGAUUUAGGCCUACUUGAUGCUAAUGUAAAUACUGGUCAAACUAUUAAGAUCCCUGCUCCAAAUGUUAAGGGACGUGAAUGUUUACAGCUCUCACCCCAGUGCUGAGUAUGUGUCAGACUGUAUAUGCUGAAGGUACGUUCAUUUUGGAAAAUUAAAAUGUUUAUUUUUUACUGCGUUGUCUUGAGCUCUGUCCUGAACAGUGUUUUCUCAGACUGUGGUGUGUGUAGGUCUGCGACACACAGGCUGCCUCUGGAGAUACUCUGUCAGUCUGAGUUUGUCUUUACAGAUAAAUCUAUAAAGUGUUUUAUGUGUCAUGUCCUCCUCAGGUUAACUAUCGUUUGGAUUCACCUGUUUCUCUUUAAUCUCAUGAUAAACCUGAGCUCGUCUCAUUUUAGACACGUUAAGAUUAACACGUUUAGGUGUGAACAGGUCCUGUGUGUGUGUCUGUGUCUGUGUGUAUAUGUGUAUAUGGGGGUGUAUAUGUAUGUACGUGUGUGUGUCUGUGUAUGUGUGUUUGUGUAUAUGUGUGUGUGUCUGUGUAUGUAUGUGUAGAUCUGUGUAUGUACAGGGGUGUGUGUGUCUGUGUGUAUAUGUGUAUGUGGGGGUGUAUAUGUGUGUAUGUAUGUGUAUGUGUGUUUGUGUAUAUGUGUGUGUGUCUGUGGGGGUGUGUUGGGGUGUGUGUGUGUGUAUAUGUGUGUGUGUCUGUGUAUGUAUGUGUAGAUCUGUGUAUGUACAUGAGUGUGUGUGUGUCUGUGUGUAGGGGUGUGUGUGUGUGUGUGUGUGUGUGUCAGAUAGUUGGUCUUAGCCAAUGGGGCGACAGGAGCAAAUGAAAUGCAAAUAUUUAGGGUGAAAUGUGAAAAGUGAAGAGGCCCCUGUGAUUGUGAUGUUAAAUUGUGAUGUUAAAUUGUCGCCCCCCUGUGUGUCUCAUGUUUACACAUGUGUAAACUUUACAGUAACAUCAUUUACAGUAAAACAUGAGUA